AUGCUGUGGCAUCCUGAUGGUUACGAGCCUCGAGUAAAGGCUAUAGAAGAAGAAAUCUACGCUAACGAAGACAGGAAGGAUGUUCCGGAUAAGUUUAAAUUUGAUACUGUAACGAAAACUGGAAUGGUCAAGCUUCGUGUUUUCAAAGACGAUCUAAUAUUCAAAUCACAACGAUCUAUAAAUCUGUUUGCAAGUAGGAAGCAUCCCUUCAAGUCAUUUACGGCGGAUGGAGAGGGCUUGCCGUUAUUUGCCUUCCGCACUAAGAAGCCUUUUUUUGUUAGGCGAGAUUAUGUGGGUUUUCUUUUUUAUCAAUACGAGAUAUUGAAAAAUGGGGACUUCCCUGAAGAGUCGGAUUAUGAGGUAAAAGGAGAGUGCGACGGUUUCACUCUGUUUAAAGUUCUUUUUUGCACUGUUAAGGUGAAGAAAACAAGCUAUUAUCGCAAUAAGGAGAGAAUAUCCCACAUACUAGAGCUCAACUUCGGAAAAAAGGAAGAUUUUAGGAUAUUGACACUGGUUAGAUGCUCUGAAAUUAGAUCAGUAUAUGUUGUAGAGGAUAAAAAGGUUAUUAUGAAAUGGGUUUUCACCUCAGAGAGUAAAUUUAAUUUGAAUUCCUCACUGUUCAUCAUAAAGGCCGCAAUUGGCUGUUUACCAGAGGUGGGUGAUAGCAUAGAGGACAUACCUAAAUUUGAUUGGGACUCCUGCCCUACUAUUGGAUGUAUGUGCAGAACUAAGGAGGCUCUUUUUCAACCUGAGUCUCGAAAAGAUAUGCAUAUAUGCCCUCAAUUAUUUUUAGGGGAAACCGGACCGCCACAUUAUAAUGAGAGUUCAGUUCCGUGGCUAACAAAAAUGAAUAUAUGCAUUUCAGUGCUAAUAAAUUUCCUUGAAUAUACCGAUUUCAUGUCUUGGAUGCAGGAUAAUUAG